GCGUAGCAGCUACGCACAUCCGACGUCCUCGAGCACGUUUCCGCAAUGAAUCCUGGGAGGAACUGCGUAUUUGGCGGAAUGUUUGAACAAUUUAUACAAAUCCAGGUCACGAUGGCAGCGAAAAGCACAAAUAAUAUAACACCAACUCGGUGAUAUAUUAACUACAGGCAUUCUGAAUAACUCAACAACAUGGAGGGCAGAGGCAGUCAGGAACAACACGAGCGAAAUGAAAUCGCCAAACUGACGCAGAUGAAGUCGAAAGUAAACAGACUGAGACGCAGCCCUAAAGCAGCGACGCUGAACCCCGGACAGAUCCGCAACACAGCAGAGUUCAAAACCCCUACACGUCCAGCGAGAGGCCAGUUCAGGAGACUGAUACCUGACGACUCGCCCAGCAAUGAUCCGGAUUUUCAUCAAGAUAUUAUAUGGGACACGACAUCUCCAUCACCCAUUCGACAUGGUCGUGGACAGAGGAGAGCUGCAAAUGUCAGAGCAGUGGAUAUAUCGGACAUUGCCAAUCGGAUCGCACCAAAGAAUGGAAGACUAGAAGAAGCGGAUUCAUCUUUACUGCAGUGGAUUGGGGACAGUGCCAUUCCCUGCACACCAGAAGUACAGCAACCCAAAGUCAAGCCCAUGUCGACAAAACAGAGCACUGUGGAAGAUCUAAUGCGGCUGGCGAAGCAGUUUGACUUCAACAUGAGGCAAGAUGAAGCUCAAGAACAGAACUCAGAUGCACCAGUUUCAAAACAACCUGAGGAACAAGAGCUGCCACAUGACGACCGGUUCACAACAGCCCACAGCGGCUCUGAUCUAAAACCCAAUGACGAGAAGCCUGUUGAUGAAAGGGGACUUUAUCAGGAGAUGGACGAUGAUCUUGAUUUCCUUUUUGAUGGGCCGACUCAGCGGCUCAGCGGGCGUCUUAGUCAGGCGUCAGAUUAUCGUACUCGGGAAGCUCCUGAGAGAUAUCUCAGCAUUGUGAAAACCAGCGUUUCACAAAAAGGUUCUGUGCUUAUUACAUCAGAAAACCAUGGCAGUAAACAAGUUAACCAGGCUGAUGUUUUUGAUGAUGACUGGAACAGUGACGGUUUACUCGAUGACUCGUUGCUUUUGGAGAUGACGCAAAACCCAGAUCUGUUUGCUGCACCGCAGUACAGUUCAACACAAAGACAAACUCACGGGAAUCAAAAUGCUUUCAGUGCAAUGACAAACCAAAAACAAGAAGCUAAAACUGAUGUUAAAUGUGGCACAUUUCAAGGGCAACAGACAAAAAGUGAGCAAAGUUUUCAGCAGGACUCUCGAAUACAGGCAAAGCCAAGAAUUGGAAAUCGCAUGGAAAAUAAUUGCACAAAUCAGGGUUUUCCCACGAGUAAAGCUUUGCCAGUUCCUCCAAGUUGCUUCAAUGGCAAACAGAAUCAGCGCAAGACGCAAGUAGGACAGCUUCAGGCUAUUCAAAAUUCAUCCGAGCUCAAUGCUGUUUCCUCAACGCACCAUUUCCAGCCAGACACCAAAGAGAUGCUGCCGUCCACCAGCCUCAGUACUAUAAAACCUCCUCAUUCCAAUCCUCCCAGCAUGCACCAGAAUCCAAACUCUGGAGGCAUUAAACAACCAGGAGAGAAUGCCGUUACAGCCAAAGAUGGCUUUAGUGGUGUUUUAGAUGAAGACCUGGACUCUUUUUUUGCGUCUGAUGACAUCUGGGAUGACGGAGUGGAGGACGAUGAUCUGUUUUGUGAGGCGUGUGAUAAUCUUGAGGAGUUCUCUGGCAAUGCUGAAACCCCAGCCACAAACAACCAACAAAACACCGCAAAAGCACUACAAAACAAGCCGUACGGCACCUCCGAAACGGCCUGUCAGCAAACAGUGUUUGCUCAUCCUUAUCCACCCAAAAAGUCGGCUGAUAAUGUUUCCACGUCCAGUGCAAACACAUCAGUGUCUCUGUACGGCCAGAAAGCUCAUGCGGGGAACUCUGGGCCUGCAGGACUCGGCUCUAAUGUGUCGUGUGAUGCAACGAGACCAUCUGGCCCCUCAAGUAAUGGACCGUAUAAAUUCAAACAGGUGAGAAGCUCGUCUGUGGUGGGACGGGGGACCUGUGCUGUUCCCCCCACACAGCAGGGUCACGAGAGGGGCGUGCUGGCCGUCCUCCAAUCAGAUGUGAGAACAGCAGACAGUCAUCAGUUCAGAAAGCCGUGCAGUGACUCGUUCAGGUCUGCGCCGGUCAUUGCCAAAGAUGUGUGUAACUCUGGAGCCGUGAGGUGCAGUGAUGCUGAGAUCGAGAGGAAGAAGCAGCAGGCUGUGGAGAGGCGGAGACUCCGGAUGCUGGCCAAUCAGAACCUCAGAGCUCCUGUCUGAGUCACUGUUACUGUGGAGAUGCACAGCAAAAACAGGUAUACGUGUAUAUAAAGAGUAACAGUGUGUCUACACCACAACAAUAACUAUUCCCAUUAUAAACAACAAAUCUUUGCGGUUUUAUGGAUUAUAAUGGGAGUGAUCUAUCAUGCCGCUUGUUUGUGGACCAAAACUCUUUAGGAAUAAUGUUGUUGUUGUUAUAAGGGUCAUUCGUAUCUGUACAACAUUUGAAUGCUCAAAAACCAAAUGUUAAUCUGAGGUCACAUGCUUAGUAUUAUGCCUGUUUGGGCAUCAGAGAGCCGAUCCUAGAUCAACGCUUGUUCUGAUAAACAUGUAUGCUGACCUUCUCAACAUAUCCCCAUUUGUCAUUACAAAAAAUCAGGAGUAGCUGCCUUUUUUCACCUCAGUCACGGUUAUGCAGGUUUUAUGUCAAUUGUAUAAUAAAUAUUUUCCUUCAGUUUGUUUAAAAAGUGUAAUGUUUACAUUGCUUAAAGUAAAUCACUCUUGUUCAUUUUUUUUUUCUUCAUUUAUGAUGAUGUAGAAGAAAUUUUACAAACAUUGGUUGGUUGAUUUUAUUGUUUUUGUCCUUUUAUGAGUCUAAAAGAAGAAGCC